UCAUCAGGCAAAAAGUAACCGCAUAAUAAGUAUGUCUAAUUUUAACGUUGUUUUGUUCACCGUUGAACUUAAAGAUUUAAAGACUUCAUAGGUCGAAAGAAGAUUUAGAUAGUAGAUGUGUGAUGUCUCGACUUGUUCCGAAAGCUCCGUCUGCAUGUUCGGAUUUACCGCUAGACAACGCCGAAAUUUGCCACAAGCUCAUUUUGCUGAAGGAACUCCUGACAUCCUCUUUUGGUCCUACCGGAAAACUAAAACAAAUCCAUAACAACAUAGGAGGACACGUCGUCCUCACCUCGACCUCAUCAGUCCUACUCCAAGCUAUUUCAUCCUCACAGCAUUUUGUCAAUCUAAUCAAAACAUCGAUUCUCAACCAUGUUUCACGUUUCAGUGACUGUGGUUUAUUUGCUGCUGUUCUGUGCUUAACACUUGUUGAGCUAGCAAAGCAAUCUGGCCUCGCAGAAAAUGUGAGCGUCAGACUAAACAAAUAUUUUCUGGAUUUGUGCGUCAGCUACAUGCAGGGAGAAGAUUGUGGGUGCAGAGUGAAACUUGACUUUUCCAACAGCCACAACUUGAUCACAUUAGCUCGUAGUGUUAUCUCUAGCAAACCAGCAUGCAUGCUGACGGUGCAAGAGGUUUUGCACAUCAGCAAGCUGGCUGUGCAGGCUUUUCUGCUGACUCUUCCUUGUGACAAGCCAGGUACCAUUACGUUGGGCAGGACAGUGACCAUCACAGUUGAGGGCUAUUCUGUACUUAAUUCUGAAGUGUUUACAGGUUUACUAGUGGAUGUCACCUGCGACCUUUGCCUCAACAGGGCAAUAAACCUAAAUUCAGGUGCAUUGCCAGUGGUGGUGUUUAGCACAUCGCUAGCAGGAGAUUUUUCAGAACUAGGAGAAGGAAUAAUAGAGGUGCUUGCAGGUGUAGACUCAGAGUCACAGAUCCUGGAACAACUGCUGGAGCUUGGCAAACAGGUGGUUAAAGAUGAUGUUAAGCUCUUUGUAUGUCAGAAGGUCAUCCAUCCAGUCUUGCAGCAGUACAUGAGAAGUCAAGGCAUUAUCGUGAUGGAGAGAUUGGGAGUCAACCUUAUGGAGCCAAUUAUUCAGUUGACAGGUGCCCAACCCGUGGCCACACUGCAUAGCACAAUACCAGCCAGUGCCUAUGGGAAGGUAAUGGGAAUCAGUAUAAAGCAGAUUGGAUCCAAGACAAUGCUGCAUUUACAACCCACUAGAGAGUCAGUUAUCUGUACUCUGGUCCUCUGCCACAGGAAUGAGACAGUGCUAAGAGAGCUUAAGCUUGUAUGUCAAAAGACAGAGCAUGUGUUGAGACUCGCACUUAAGGACCCUGCUGCUUUACUUGGAGGUGGUUGUACUGAGACUCUGCUAGCUGCUUACAUCAGACACAAGUGCAAUGAAGCAGAAGCUGCAGCACAGUUAAGAUGCUCACAGUCAGAGUACCUUCUGGGCAUGGAGGUGUUCUGCCAUUCUCUGGAGUAUGUUGCCAAAGCCUUGGAUCAUGAUGGUGGGGAUUCUUUAAUUGAUCUGAAUCAUGCCCACCACUGGAAUCAGCCUGUAGAAACAAUGAAAAAUAGCUUGGAAUAUAGUUUGGGCAAUUGUGGCUGCGGACUUCUAAGAAACAGUCCAGGUAUGAAGUGGACGUACCUUAACACUGCCUACAGCCCAUUCUCAGCAUCAUCCUCGUCUGCAGAUCCAACAGCACAGCCACGCGUUCUGGACUCGUUCACAGCUAAACUUAAUGCAUUACAAGUCGCUGUAGAAACUGCUAAUCUCGCACUGGAUAUAAGGUUCAUCAUUCAAGAUUUAAAUUAGUAGCUUUGUGUUUUAAAUUUAAUUUGUGAUGAGUAACGUGUGAAAUAAAAAAAACAAAAACAUUUGACUACCACAAAUGCAACCUGUAUUUUUAUUUAUUUAUUAACAUUUUGGGGAGUUGGAUUAUGCUUGUCAAUUUUGUAUGUAAAUUGGUUUGUAAUUUAUUAUUUAUGUAUUUAUUAUGCAAACUAAUGCUCAAGAUUGUGUAAUAGGGAAGAAACCAAGUUUGCACCAGAAACAUCAGAGCAUGACCAGACCUUUUUCCAAUUAUUGAAAGAAAUCAAACAGUUACAUCCAUUUCUAAUAUAAAGUGUACAAAAACAAAGUUGCUCUUUUGUGUGACUGCAGAUAUGAAAAGAACAAGACAACAGCACAGACAGGCUUUUCAGGAUAUUUUACUUGUUUUGUAACAUGAAUCCAUGGGUCUAUUCCAAAGAGCCUUUUGGGAUGCUUUGUCAGUGGAACCUGAGAUUGAAACAACUCCAUUACGGGAGCAGUAGAGUAGUACUGUAUAUUUUAGGUCUGUGGUGUACAAGUUCUUAUCCUCUAAGCAAGAGUGAAAUAAUAUAAAACAAACAAAAAAAAAAAAACAUUU